UGUUGUCAGUCAAAAUUAAAAUAAAUGUUUAUCACUUUUAAUUAUAUUGAUAUAACAUAUAAAUAAUAUGAAUGGGGGUCAUAUUUUCUUGUUGUGGUGAAAGCCAAACCUAUGAUACAGUUACUGAACAAAAUAGAAAUCACCCACCUAAUCCAAAUCAGGCAGUAGUUAGGGAACAAGUACUAAGUGCUACUCAAAAAAGAUUAGAACAAAUGGAAUCAAGGGGUAUAAAAGAUCCACUCUCAUUGAAAGAAAAGCAAAAAAAGGUCCAAGAGAUGGAAAGAUUGGAGAAUGAAAGAAUGUCUAAGGGAGAAAAUCUUAAGCAUGAAUCUAAUUUAAAAGAUUGGAAUAAUUGAAAUUCAAGAUCAAUUUGUUGAACAUGAUUUUAUAUUUAAAAUCAAAUUAUAUGAUGCUUUUAUUCAUUCCAUUUAUAUUAUAAACAAAAAAUAUAUAUAAUUUCUUUAAAUUUACAUAUUAUUUUGUAUAUU